AUGGUGCGUAGGCCACAUAAAAAGUCGAGAUUCGGCUGCACAGAAUGCAAACGCCGCCACAUGAAGUGCGACGAGAAACGGCCGAUAUGUGGGAAUUGCGUGGCCUCAGAGCGUCUAUGCGGCUACGCGGAAUUAACCGUACUUGCUAUGCAAUCGGGCAACACGAGAGCUGGCAAAAAAAGAGCACGCUCGCCGGCAUCAUCAUCCAUGCCCGACACACCACCGGAGCUCACUGCACUGGCACAGCCAGAUCCGCCGGUGAAUAUAUUACACGUGGAGCUCUUCCAUCAUCUCUCCACGCAGACAUUCCCAUCCAUCUCCGAGACCGGUAGUGGUCGCUCGCUCCCACUAGGGGAGAUAAUAGAAUUCGGCCUUGCAGCACCAUAUCUCCUCAACGAGCUCCUCGCACUCGCGGCCCUGCACCUGGGGAUCAUCCGCGCACCGCAAAAGGGCAAGAGCCCUUCUGUGCCGGCCUUCUGCUUCGCAUCAAUCCUCGGCGUCCACCUCCUCUGCGACACGCUCGUCUUCCGCGACGACGCAAACGAGACCUUCCUUGACUUCCUCGACCGUUUCAUCCACUACUUGCGCAUCCACCGCGGCGCACGCACCAUGAUCGCGGGGAACUGGGGGGCCCUGAAACAGACCUCGCUUGAGCCCGUUCUCAGCGGCAGCGAGGCGAGUCUGCGGACGAAAGACGAGGGCCGCGGGGAUGGAGACGCCGAUGUCUGCAACAGCCUGCUUGCGCGAAUUCGCGCCGCGAAACUCGGUGCCGCUACAACGGGCACGUACGAGGCCGCGAUUGAGUCGCUGCAGCACUCGCUGAAUCCGUCAGCGGCAGAGGGCGCGACGGCUAUUGAGAAGAUGCAUGGUGCUGUCGCGUGGCCGGUUAUGGUCUCGGCUGAGUACACGGAUAUGCUGGCGCAGCGGCGUCCGGAGGCUCUGGUUAUCUUGGCGCAUUAUGCGGUUAGUUUGCAUGCCUGUCGCGACAUGUGGGUUUUUGGCGACGGAGGCGAGUUUCUGAUACGGUCUAUUGACCGGUAUCUUGGGGUUGAAUGGGCUGAGUGGAUGGAGUGGCCGACGCGGGUGUCCGGGGUGUCAGAGCGUACGAAUCCGUUCUCUGCUUAA